CCUACGUGUUUAUUCAGCUAUCGAGGUAGUUAUCUGCUGUCAAAUUGCACCCCGAGUGUCUCAUCGUACACGAAAGACUAUAUAGACUGCACAAAUGAGUGUGCUCAUACAGACACUAUCCAACGUGCAAUUCUAUUUAGAGCAACUCACCAAGUCAACUCUCAUUCUCAUUUCAGACUUUCUCGCGUUACGUACUAGCUGUUAAGUGUUUCAAAAAUCUGAGAAAAGGAAUUUAUUGUGGCACACAACAAUAAUCGAGCAAGUCGGUUUCGACCAUUAAAAAUUAAUUAAUCAAAUUAUAUAAUUAAGUGUGUUUAAAUAUUAACUUAGAAUCGAAUCAAUGAUAACACAAUAUUUCAAAUACUAAAAACAUUAAAUUUCAACUAAACCUCGUGUUAAGAAAAAUUUCAUAUAAUAAUGUUGAUUUGUGUAAUGUUAUUUAACAGUGUAUUCGAUAAUUCUGAGAAGUUUGAAAUAAACAAUGCAGGUGUGAGUAGAUAUAACGACUGAAGAUUAAAUAUUACUUACGUACACGUACAUGCAACGUUUUCAUUAAUUUAUAAGAAAGUAAGAUCGGUGAACGUCUUAAUGAACAUAGGUGAUUGACUCACAAAUAUUACUCUUCAGAUAUCGUUAACAGUUACUUGCAUAAAGAUUACAUUAUUACAUUGUAACAAUCUUUUGAUAAUGAUACAUUAUGAAAGUGAAUUCAAUGUUCGGUGUUUUAUCACUCAUCGUUAUGCCAGUGUUAACUGACAAAAAAAAUAUUAUGAAGAAUUUCACAGUCGAAUCUUGGAUUUCAAGAGAAAAUUUCACGACAAUGGUUAAGAAAUCAUUUCUUUACUCCAAAUGUUGUAAUAUUUUUUUAAGUGGUUCGUAUGUGCGUACAUACUUUCGAAGAAAUAACGCAAUGCGUAAAGUGACUUUCUUUGCAGAACCGAUUUAUAACGUAGAAGUAUUAUUCAAUCAAUUUAUCGAGAUUUAUCCACACGAAUAUCUUCUACAUCAAAUACUUUACGACUGUCGAGGAUAUUUCUUGCUGGGACCGACGGAUAAGGAAAUAGAAAAGGCUAUGAGAGUAGUACCUUCGUCCAUUUCAACGACAGAAAUUCUUGUUAUCAUCGAUGGCGAAUUAAAAAAUACUUCGACACUUUUCAAUGUAUCUUUAUACGGGAAUUCAAAUGCCAAUAUUGUAUCGAGAUCUGGAAUAUGGACCUUAUCCGAAAACUAUUUGAAACCCAGAUUUUUUCUAAAAGUUAACAGUUACGAGGAGAUGAUGUCUGAAUUCAACUUGGUUAAUAUGAGAGGUAGAGAACUUCAAGUGUGUACCUUUUAUCAGCCACCUUUUUCAUAUCUUAAUAAAACAACGACGAAAAUAAUUAACGGCGUCGAAGAAGAGAUUUUUGUAGCAGAUGAUAAUGAAUUGGAUGGAAUAGAAGUGAGGCUACUUCUGGCCAUAGCUGAGAAAUUAAAUUUUACUUGGACAAUACGAAAGUUAAAAGGAAAGUACAGAUACGGUCGACGCGUAAAUGAUACAGAAUGGACUGGCGGUGUAAUUCAACUUAUACGAGAAAAAAAGGUCGAUCUAGCAUUCGGGAGUGUUUGGUUAACAAAGAAUCACAACGAAUUCGUAAACAUGUCCACACCUUGGAUUGAGAUGUUCAUGCACUUUUUGGUACCGCGACCGCAACCGAUCACCAAUUUUUGGGCGCUCACGAGACCUUUCUCAGUGCUAUGUUGGAUACUUGUAAUAGUCAUGUUGUUUGUUAAGAGCAUGUAUAUGUAUAUACGUUCUAGGAUCGAUCCAAAAUUUCCGAAACGUUUUCGGAGCAUUUUCGUCACAAUUACGGAAUUAAUCGGUCGUUUAGUGGGUACGUGGGUGCCCAGAGAUACCGCUAAUGCUAGAUACGAAUUGCAUUUAUGGCAAACUACAGGAUUCCUGCUGGUAACCGCCUACUGCAGCAGUCUUGCAGCAAGACUUACAAGUUUAGAAUACGAGGAUAGGAUCGAUACGGUACGUCAAUUUGUUCAAGCCAACUUAUCGUGGGGUCAUACGAGGCCAUUGCCAUAUUGGCCUGAUUACUUUGACAUGGACGAUCCUUACACGAGCCAGUUACCAUCAAGAUAUAUAUCUGUGAUUGGUCAUGAAACAUACAUACACACAUUAAUCAAAGAGGGUAAAUUUGCAAUUUUCGGAAAAAUCAUAGACUCGAUCUUCUUUCCUGAAGACGAAAUGUUUAAUGAGGAUGUUAAAGCUUACAGACUUAUGAAGGAAAAAGUGGGCUAUUAUUAUUCGUCCUUUGUGGUUCAGCCGUGGCUGUUAAAACCUAUUGAUAUGUUAAUACUAUGGUUGAAGGAGACAGGCAUCGCUCACUUUCAUCUCAACAAUGUUAUGCAUCGAAGAGCCAGUUUUAAUCUUCGCGAAGUUGUCAAGGAGUACGACGGUCUCAACAGCAACCCCAUUGUUCUCGGGCUGACACCAUUAGGCGCUGGUUUUAUAGUCCUUAUUAUUGGUCUUUUAGCGUCAACAAUAGUAUUUUUCUAUGAAUUGAAACAGGCCGCUGAUUCGCGACCAAUUCGCGAGGUGUUUCGAGAUAUUCAAAAGAAACGGGAAAUGUACAAGUCACCGUCUUAUAAAAGAAAAUCGGAAAAAGCUGAGCUGGAUUACAACUUAUACGAAAGUUCGAAUUUAUUUGUAUCUAAAUCAGCUGUUACAUAACAAGUAUUGUAACUUGCGCAAAAAUGUAAUGACCCGAAUAAUUUCUCAUAAUAAUUUACAUAUAUAUUUAUCGUAAAUAUAUAUGUACAAUGUUAUUUAUUUUCUUAUCUUGUAGAAUAUUAAAUUAAUACAAAAAGUGUACGACAUAUUUACGAAAAAAGGAAUGCAAUUAGGAAUAACAUGUUAAUUGAUUACAUAUUAACUGAAUAAAAAAGACAAUAUCUUAAGAAAAAAAUUGCAGCUUUUAAAUAAACUGCAUUUUAGUUUACUUUAAAUCUAAAUAAAUGUAAAUAACAUUUAUAAUAAUGCAACAACUUCAUGUUGAAGACUUUUGGAUAGAUAUUGAUUUACGUAAUUAAAUGUUAACUUACGCAACGUAUUUAUGCAACAAUAAUUUAAUCUCUGAUUUCUUCUUUAGCUGACGUUAGCAACUAUAUGCGUACUUUGAAUAUUUACAAAUUAUAACCUCUUUUCGAACAAGCAGCAAGAAAUUAUCUUCUACAAAAUUAUACACGUAAGCAAUUAUCAAUAUAUGUACAAUAAUAAUGUACUCAAUCAUUCACUGUAA